CUCCCCUCAGCCUUACCUCCUCUUCAGCGGCUGUGUGUUUGUUUGUGUAAAGUAGUAGAAUUAACGCAGCCCGGCGUGCCUCUCACGGACACCUUCCCCUGUGGAAAACCGCUCCUGGCCGCCGGAAGCAGCCCGGGAGGCAACCCCUCUCUCACCUCCUCCCUCUGAAAGCAGAGAGCCUAAAAGUUUUCCUGCCUAAGCCCUGCCACGAAGAAGGGAACAUUUCCUGUCGCAGCAGCUCCCCGGAGUUGUGCUCCUUCCUUCAUGAAGUCGGCUACGAAUGCUGCUCUUGACACGUUUUAAAGAAUGUCCCUUGCGUGCGUAGACAGGAGCGACGGUGUUGUUGCGCCGUGCGGUCCUCAGUGAGAAACUGGAGUCCGGGCCGAUGAGAAUCGCUCAGGGGGAGCUCAGGGACUGGCGGGCUCUGGUGACGGCCGCCAGCGCUGUGUAACCCUCGCGAAAAUGAUGCGGGUCUCUCUGCAGCCUCUCAGCCGUGGGGGCGAAGGGGUGCAGCCUGGCACUGGGAAGCUUAAGAACCAAGUCUGUUGCCUUCCACUUUAUUAUUUUUUUUUUUAAGUCUUCCAUCAUGGGUGUACUUUGCUUGAAUGAUUAUUUUAAAGUACACGUCCUAUUUUUGCCAAUCUGACAGCUGUUGCCAUAGAAACCAGAGAAGAAAUAGUCAUUUUCAGCAGAGUUGUUAAAACCGUCUCCCAGGCUUCGGCUGCGAGUGCCAGUGAGUGCUGUCCUUGCUCGUUCUGAGAUGGUCCUUGAAGAAUUAAGGAUCUGAAAUGUUCGUAGAGGCUAACGAUCCAAGUGGUGUGAUUUUUUUUUCUCACAUCAUUAAUUUAGUAGUCUUAGAAGUUUGCCAGCUAUGUUUGUUGACCUGCUGCCGUUCUUUGAAGAGGAAGUGUCAACCCUGAUUCUUUCUUAGGCUCUGUGUAGUCUGUGUUGGCUCUUUGAAAACGUAUAAAUAGAUUUCUUCCCCAAUCCUUUACCCUUUCUUAAGGAUAAACGAGGGAUUGCAAAAUAUCAGGCACUAUUUCUGUUCUAAAUGACACUUGACUGUCAGUGAAACAGAUGAUAGUGUUUCUAGUUAUGUUCAUGUAAUGUUUGGGGCUUUUGCUUAUACCUUCUGUGUCAAAAUUUUUUUUAAAGAUUUCAUGCAAGACAUGAGAGAUGAGCAGGAGUUUGCUUGCAGUAGUCACAGAGCUAAGCAGUGCUAUAGAUGUGCAUAGAAAUAGAGACGCGAGCUUUUCUGAAGGGUAUAAUCAAGGAGAAGAAAGAUGAACUUAAUCUAUGGACUGCAGUCUACUACUAGAAACUGUGUUUUCUUCCGAUUUCAUUUGCUGGCCCACUGGAGAAGAUCUAACACACGAUCUGUAACCUCAUCAGACUGUCAUCAAGUACAAAUUAAUCAUAUAGUUAAUAAGUAUCAGGGUCUGGGAGUAAAUCAGUAUGAUAGGUUGACUUUUCUGCCUGAAAAUUUUUCUUUCUCUAAGACCUUCAGUAAUGAAAGACCAGGAUGCCUCUUGAGCACGAGAUAUAAGGAAAUUGGGAUGGUUACCCCAAAAUGUACUGUGUGGAAUGACUCUUCAAGACAACUACAGAUAAAAGAAGUUACAGGAGUUCCUGCUCUUUCACUGUUGCAUCCUCUGAACUGUCUUCAUGAAAGAGACAUCAGGAGUUUCCACACUUCUCCUCAGUUUCAAGCUGCUCCGGUUCCUCUCUUGUUGAUAAUUCUCAAGCCAGUGCAGAAACUAUUUGCAAUCAUUGUAGGCAGGGGCAUAAGGAAAUGGUGGCAGGCACUUCCUCCUAACAAGAAGGAACUAUUUAAAGAAAGUUUAAGAAAGAAUAAAUGGAAGUUACUCCUAUGUUUCAGUAGUUUUGGAUUGCUGUUUGUAGUGUUUUAUUUUACUCACCUGGAAGUGAGUCCUGUUACGGGAAGGAGGAAGCUACUAUUAUUGGGGAAGGAACAUUUCAGACUUUUAUCAGAACUGGAAUAUGAAGCAUGGAUGGACGAAUUUAAAAAUGAUAUGCUCACUGAGAAGGAUGCCCGAUACCUAAAGGUUAAGGAGGUGGUUAAUCAUUUGAUUGAAUGCAAUAAAGAUAUUCCAGGGAUCUCUGAGAUCAAUUGGAUUAUUCAUGUGGUUGAUUCCCCAGAUGUAAAUGCCUUCGUGCUUCCAAAUGGACAAGUGUUUAUCUUCACUGGGCUUUUAAAUAGUGUGACUGAUAUCCAUCAACUUUCCUUCCUUCUGGGCCAUGAAAUAGCACACGCAGUACUUGGGCAUGCUGCAGAAAAGGCUAGCUUGGUUCAUUUAUUGGAUUUCCUAGGUCUGAUUUUUCUCACAAUGAUUUGGGCCAUUUGCCCUCGAGAUAGUUUGGCACUUUUGGGCCAGUGGAUACAGUCUAAACUGCAGGAGUAUAUGUUUGAUAGACCGUACAGUAGAACAUUAGAGGCUGAAGCUGACAAAAUUGGACUACAGCUUGCUGCAAAGGCUUGUGUGGACGUCAGAGCCAGUUCAGUGUUUUGGCAGCAGAUGGAAUUUGCAGAUAGUCUCCAGGGCCAUCCCAAGUUGCCAGAAUGGUUAUCCACACACCCUUCUCAUGGAAAUCGAGCUGAGCACUUGGAUAGACUCAUACCUCAGGCUCUUAAAAUUAGAGAGAUCUGUAAUUGCCCACCACUUUCUGGACCAGACCCUCGAUUACUCUUCAAACUCAGCAUGAAGCAUUUCCUGGAAGAAUCGGAGAAAGAAGACCUAAAAGUCACUGCCGAGAAACAGAAAAUGGAUACUCUCACCAUUCAACAACAGAAACAAAUACCCUUAACAUAUAUAGUUGAGAAAAGAACUAGUAGUUGAAUUAAAAUUUAUGAGACACGGGAUAUAUGAAGAAUGCAGCGGUCCUUACCAUUUUUAUGUUAUUUUUUUAAAAAAUGAUGUUUGAAAUUUAAAAAAUGUAUAUUCAGGGUCAAAUCAUGCAUAUUACAAGUAUUAUCUAAAUUCUUCUAGGUAUUUUCAUGAAAUAUUGAUGUAUUUUAAUCUAUUUUAAAGUAUCUUCAAUGAGGAAAGUGUCACAGAAUAAAUUUAUAUUACACAUUUUA